AAUUCAGGAAAUAUUUUCGUCACAUAUUUGAGAGUGCGCAUUUCGAGAGUACGCAUUCGCAAAUGUUUCCCAAAAUUAACGAAAUGUACCUCAAGAAUUACUGAAUCGUCAAAAGUGAGUUUUUUUUUUGAGAGUGAACGUGAUCUGUUUUAAGGUAAAGUAAAGUAAAGUAGACACAAAAGGAUGAGCAGUUUUGUAAAUUAUUUUAAUUCUACGUUGACAGGAAGAUCUGCAGUUUAGGCAAAACGUAUUCGGAUACGUUGAUGCAAGCUUUAGCCAAGAGAGAGAAAGACAAUUUAACAGGUUGUGUGGCUACUAUCAUAUUCCUGCGGGAUGUUAACGAUAGAAAUGAAGAAGUUUCAGCCUAUAUCGACUAUAGUCACCGUUUAAAAUCCGAAGAUUGGGAACCUUACUUUAGAGAAGAAAAGAAAUUAGUCCCUUUAGUCACCGAUCUCAGUUUUUAUAAUUGGUCCAAAGAGGUAUCUUUUCACAAAUCUAGUUCAUGCUUCGAUGUUAUUAUUGAUGUUAGUACCUACAAACUUAAAUUCAUUUGUAAAAGCGAUGGUUUUGGCAUUGAUGUGGAACCUAAAGAUAAACGCGAUGAAAAUACUUAUAGGUUGGAUAUCACCGGCACUAAAUAUCUGCAAGCUGUCAUUUUUGAUCAUGUUGUAGAUAUUCCUAUAUGUUAAUUUUUUAAUAUAAAGAAGAAAGCUGGUGCUGCCAUCUAUGAGAAAAGUAUGGAAUGAAACUGCUAGAGAAACAAAAUAAUAGAUGAAUGUUUCAGCAAAAAUUGAGUGUUUCUAACACUUCGUAGAUGAAUUGAAAUAUUUAUAAGAAAUAUUAUGAUUAUUA